GCAGUGCGUGUUAAUAAAUGAAAUAGAGGAGGAAAAGAAAGAAGAAAAAACGAGAAAGAAAGGCCGUGUCAGUAAGUCGGAGUCGGUUCAUGACAAAAUAAUCCUGCUUAUGAAUGUGCAUAAACUGAAUAUCUGAGCGAAAUGCACUCUAACGGAUUAUACAUCUCCGUCACGACGACAGUUAUAUUAGCGGAAAUGGAGUGCGGUGUCGUGUAACACUCGCGUCUCGUCCCGUCUCGAUUUAGUCCUAAGCAAACAAAGAGGCCGAGCUUCCGGAACGAGAAGCGCUCUUGGCGCCACAAAAUCUCCGCGUCUAUGUAAUCUCCGCGCGUAUGUAAACCUUGCCGAUUGAAAAACACGUCGACUCGACAGAAUCAAAAUAACAAUCGCCGAAUGGUCAAACUUGCGAGAGUCUGCUAGUCGAGAUCUCGUCUGAAGGUCGCUUUUUUUACCGACGACAAUUUCCCAUGAAAUUUUGAGCUGUCACGCUCCACGUGCUUUUCUUUCCUUUCGAUCUGUACUCUUUUAUUAGAUCUGUAAUCUUUUAUCAGAUGUCCCCGUGAUGUCACGAUCUGAAGAAGCAUGUGUGUGUGUCGUGUGCGUAUCGCACAGGAAACAAUUAUGUUUUUCCACCAUUCGAGAUAUGCUCAGUAAUAGAACCCUUCAUGAAAGUUGCGCUGAUUUCAGAAAAAUACCGCGUCAAUGUAACAGAAAUAAUCGAUUGCACUGACCACAGCAUGCAAGCUAUGCGUAAAUAGAGAUCCUCGAACAUUCGACGGCCCAGUGCGCACUCCACACACGGAUACACACACACACACACACACACAUAGAGGGAGAGAGAGAGAGAGAGAGAGAGAGAGAGAGAGAGAGAGAGAGAGAGAGAGAAAGUCACUCUUUCAAAGUAUGCGAAAUCGCUUCCAACCAGUUUGACUCGUGAGAAUUCAAUUUCUCGGCCCAAUUCAACGAUAUUUAUCUCGUCUCUGCAGGGCUUCGCGCGAACCGCAAAUGAACGGCUCUGCGUUCGAGAACACAAGCAAUUUACAACACACGUGAAAUCCCCGCCUGCGAUUUUUUACUCACCAGAGAAUAAUCAUAUUAUUCUCUCGUCCAUACACACGGUUGUAAAAAAAUUCGGAGAGAUUUUUUCCAGGGAAGUUAGGAGCGCUACAAGUUGUCAUAAUUGCGAGUUAUUGCCGAUUAGUUUGUCCACUAGCCGGUUAUGACAGGAGCCAAAGUGACAAUAAACAUUGCUUCUUUAUUAUACGCUCUUAUCUCAUAGAUGAUAGUGUAAUAAAUAUGUUCACUCUUUUUAAUUCUUUAUUGCACCGAUGAUGUUAAAUAUCUCAUAUAUUGUCACUUCAACUCUUGUCAGCUCAAGAGAAUAAUUCGCAUUUGAUACGUUCUUAACUUCAUCGGGAAAAAAAAUGUCCAUUUCUAACAACACUGAUUAAAGCUUAAUCUGCGUGCAAAUGCUAAUCAGACGAAGAUUUAAACUCGGGCUAAGGUUUCAACCUACGUCAGUAGAAGCAGGUAUAAAAUGUUUCUGUAACCGAGUGUAGCGACAGUACAGAGCGACCUGUUUCCUUUUUCCCCACUUUAUUUUUUUUAUUUCUUUACGCAUGCGCUACGUACGAUUUUAUUUCGCCUCGGAAAUCUCGGUGUAUAUCUUUCUCGCGGUUAUCGAAGUGCAUAGAGAUAUUAAAAGCGUCGCCUCGGGCAAAAUUCGCGGACGAAAAUGGAAUACGUUCGUCGACGUGGCGGAAGUUACGAGAUCCCGGCGACGAUUUCGCCGGUAUUACUUCCACCGCGGUCAUUAUUACAUCGCCUACGCGUUCUCGAACGUACCCCGGCGCGGUAUACGCGAAAGUUCGUCCAUCCGUCCGUCCGUCCGUCCGUCCGUCAGUCGCUCGGCCGCGUGUACAUCGAGUCCUCCGAAAAGGAGGAGAGAUGACACGCGUACCGGGUGUACGACGAUUGAUUAGGGUCAUCCCCGCGGCAACCAAUGGACAAACACAAAUAAAACCGGCGGACACCCUGGAGCGAACCCGCGGAGCGUCCUCAGUAGACAGCUGACCGGUUUCUACGCGUAAUAUCCGCUUUGAGCUUUCGACGUGCAGAAGACGGCAACGAAUCUCGAAAGACAGAAAGAGAGUGAAAGAGCGCGCGAGAGAGAGAGAGAGUGAAGGAGAAAAGGAGAGACCGAAUCAGUUCGGGAGGGAAAAGCCGGCAGUCCGAUGCCAUAACGGCGACUACGUUUCCACCCUCGAGCCGUAACUGGACCGCGAAGGCCGCAUUUCCACCCCGGCGUCCUACUUCUCUUGCACGCGCCGCUCGUUCGCUCGCUUGUUCACUCUCCAAGUCCGAAGCAACGAUACCCAGCCCGAUAUAAACGCGCAAUUACACCUAAUCGCGCUGGAAAUACUCCGGAAAUACUCUUCCCGCAGGAAGCGACGAAUUCUCACCUCACGCGGUGUCGCUUAGCGACGACGAGGAACGCUGAUGAGUGAUAUCGCGCGGAGCCACUUGUAGCUGCGACUGUUGUUAGCCUUAUUUAGCGUACCCUUGCAAGUCAAAUUACUUUCGACGUUCUCCCCGUCGCUGGGCCAGCCUCCUCGCGUGUUCGUUUUCGAUUCCGACGCAUCAGCGAUCAUGGCAUUCGGCGGUCGCGGUGUCGCCGGGAUUUGUAUUCUGCACGUUCUGUCAGCGACUUUUACGGCCCACGGGGCGGAGGAGGGCUUGUCGAGCGACAAGCAGAAACCGACGCAGUCGCGACCGGUGAAUCUCUGUAGGUUUCACUUACUCGUCGGAAUGGAUGAAUGGGGAGGGGGUGUGAUGGCGAAGCCUCGCGCGGUCGUAAACAUAUUUCACGAUUGAUCACGCCGUAAUGUAUCGUUAUCGACUGACGCGUUCGUUAUCGCGUAAAGGGAGAUCUCGCGAUCUCCUUGGGACGGAGGUCGCGGUGAAGCCUCCGCCUGCUCGAGCGUUCAAUUUUCCGACGAAAUGUUCCAAUCCGAAGAUGUAUUGUACUCAGCGCGCGCGUAAUUGUCUGUUGCAGCGAGGCGUAGCUUUCUUCCUAGACUAGAGCGAUUUUUUCGCGGCGUUUCAAGGCACCGUAGGAUGUUAUUACUUAAGAUUAAUCGUCCGACUCGACUUCACCUGAUUUUUCUUUUUGCAUGCCGCGUCGACGAUACCUUUCUCCUCUGCGAUUAGUUAUAAUUAAUGACAUGAAGAACGAGAUCGCCAACGUGAGUGUGACCAACGCUCUGAAGACUCUGCGGGAAAAGUUUCCGGGUUACUUGGGCCAGAUACGGACGGUGCAGAUGAACGAGACCGAUGUCGGCGAGAUCAUCAACGACAUGUGUCAAGCUUGGAGCUCGGCCAUCAGCCAGGGCGGCUCUACUGUUCCCGACUUGGUCUUGGAUAUGUCGAUGUCCGGCAUGAACGCUGAGAUCUCUAGCUCGAUCACCGCGGCUCUCGGACUGCCAACCUUGUCUGCUCAGUAUGGGCAAGAGGACGACAUUCAGUACUGGAGGAACCUGGACACCGACCAGAGAAACUAUUUGAUCCAGGUGAUGCCGCCGGCCGACCUGGUGCCAGAGGCGAUCCGGCAGCUGGCGAUCCUCCUGAACAUCACCAACGCCGCCAUCCUGUUCGACAAGAACUUUGUGAUGAAUCACAAAUACAAGAGCCUGCUGCUGAACGUACCCACGAGACAUGUCAUUAACGAAAUGGAAACCACGACGGACGGGGUGCGGCUGCAACUGUCGGGGCUGCGGGACCUCGAUGUGGUGAAUUAUUUUCUGCUGGGCACCAGCGACUCCGUCAACAUUGUGUUGGACAGCGGAGAGUCGUUGAGCUUCACCGGCAACAAGUACGGCUGGUUCGUCCUCACUUUGGACGAUGAGAUGUGGCCGAGCUGUUUGUGCGAGAACAUCACGGUACUGUUCAUGAAGCCGCAGCCGCCGGCAGCCGCGGACGACAAGAAUCAGGCGGAAUUCGCGGCGAGGGCGGGUCUUCCGAAGCCGCUCAUCACCUCCGGCUUUUACUACGACCUCACUCUGCUGGGCGUCAGGGCGAUGAAGUUGGCCCUGGACGACGGUGAGUGGCCGCUGGAGCCGCGUCAUAUCGAUUGCGACAACUACAACGGCACGAACCGACCCACGAGAGGAUUGGACCUGUUCGCCAAGCUCACGGCGAUCUCGAAGGACAUGACACCGACGUACGCCGGCAUCAAUUGGGGUACGAAAAACGGCGAGCACUACGCGUCAUUCACCAUGGACAUGUACAUGGUGAACAUCGAGCGCGAGAAGAUCACGUUGAAGGUGGAGAGCGGGGUCUGGCAGUCGGGCAUCGAGUCGACCUUGCAGGUCACCAACGAAGAGGUCAUGAACAACACCGCGGUGACGAGCUACCGAGUGGUCAGCGUGCAACACCCACCCUUCGUCAUGUACGACAACAAGACCAAUAAGUGGUACGGCUUCUGCAUCGACCUGCUGAACGCGAUCCGCGAGACCGUGCCGUUUGAGUACGAGAUACGCGAGGUUGAGGACCAGAAUUACGGGACGCUCAGUGAGAAUGGCAGCUGGAACGGCAUGAUCCGCGAGCUGAUAGAGAAGCGCUCCGACAUCGCCCUCGGCUCGCUCUGGGUCAUGGCGGAGCGGGAGAAGGUCGUGGAUUUCACUGUGCCGUACUACGACCUGGUCGGCCUGACGAUCAUGAUGCUGAAGACGAAGACGUCGACGUCGCUCUUCAAGUUCCUCACCGUGCUGGAGAACGAGGUCUGGCUGUGCAUAUUGGCGGCGUACUUCUUCACCAGCUUCCUCAUGUGGAUGUUCGACCGUUGGUCGCCGUACAGCUACCAGAACAACCGCGAGAAGUACAAGGACGACGAGGAGAAGAGGGAGUUCAACUUGCGUGAGUGCUUCUGGUUCUGCAUGACCUCGCUGACGCCGCAGGGCGGCGGCGAAGCGCCGAAGAAUCUGUCGGGAAGAUUGGUGGCGGCCACGUGGUGGCUCUUCGGCUUCAUCAUCAUCGCGUCUUACACGGCCAACUUGGCCGCGUUCCUCACCGUGUCCAGACUGGAGAUACCGAUUGAGACUCUGGAGGAUCUCAGCAAGCAAUACAAGAUACAGUACGCUCCUACGCUCAAUUCGCCGGCGUUCACCUAUUUCCGGAGGAUGGCGGACAUCGAGGCGCGAUUUUACGAAAUUUGGAAAGACAUGAGCCUGAACGAUAGCCUGUCCGACGUGGAGAGAGCGAAAUUGGCCGUGUGGGAUUAUCCGGUUAGCGAUAAGUACACAAAGAUGUUCCAAGCGAUGAAGGAGGCCGGAUUUCCGGCCGAUAUGAAUGAGGCGCUCAAGCGAAUUCGACGUCAAGGCUCGUACGCGAACAACGAGUUCGCCUAUAUUGGCGAUGCGUCAACCAUCAAGUACCUCGCCAUGACGAAUUGCGAUCUGGCCCAAGUGGGGGAGGAAUUUUCGAGGAAGCCGUACGCUAUCGCCGUUCAGCAGGGCUCGCCGCUCAAAGAUCAAUUUAACAACGCGAUUCUCAUACUAUUGAACAAGAGGAGACUGGAGAAGUUGAAGGACAAGUGGUGGAAGUACAAUCCCGCGAGGAAGAACUGCGACUUGGAGAACGAUCAGAGCGACGGUAUCAGUAUUCAUAACAUCGGCGGUGUGUUCCUCGUGAUCUUCGUGGGCAUCGUCUUCGCCUGCCUCACGUUGGCAAUCGAAUACUGGUAUUACCGACAUCGAGCGAAAGUCAGUGAAUUGCACAAAGACGCCUCGCCCAGGACGAAAAUCAUGAAGACAAUAAAGCCGAUCAGGCUCAAUCUGCAGCCUGCCCCGACGCACGGUGUGCAACCUUCACAGUUUAGAUCGCGAUUCUAGAACAUUUGGACGUUCGAGGACUUUGCUUGUGGAAACACGGAGAAAGAAAUUGUAGAAAUCAUCGCACAAAGAAAUUAAAUCUUUUCAGAUAUA